AUAAUGCACUCCAGUUCGGUAUCAAUGCAGUGGGCGUGUCGACGAGCUGACGUCACGCGUCACGUGCUCGCGCGCCAGGAAGUGACUGACUGAACACGAAAAGAAAGGAAACGAGCGGAUUGAAGAUGAGUUCAGUAAUCCCGGAGACACAGAGUAUUAAAGAAGCCGUGAUUCACAUUAACUCCAUCGACAGCAGCAAGUUCUCCAGACUUCUGUCCCGCAUUCUGCAGAAGCUCCACCUGAAGGAGGAGCGCUCCUUCAGUGAGGAGGAGGAGGAGAAGCUGCAGAGUGCUCUAUCUCUGGAGAAACACACUCUUCAUCUGCUGGUGGAAACCCUGUCCUUCAUCCUCGAGCAGGCCGUGUAUCACAACCUCAAACCAGCGUCUCUCAGACAGCAGCUGGAGAACAUCAGCGUGGAGCCGGAGAGAGCUGAGGUGUUCGCUCAGGUCUGGGCUUCAGCUGCUCCAGAUGUGCUGGAGAAGAUCCGACUCGGGAUAUUUGCCCCUAAGAAGCUGGAUCACGUGGGUUGGCAGCUCAAUCUGCAGAUGGCCUCGUCGUCUCGAAGCAGACUGAAGGAGCCACACGCCGUCCUCAAUCUGGGGCUCCGCACGGAAGACGACGCAGAGAUGUUUCUCUCGGUUUGACGUGAACAUGAUGAAACAGUAAAGCAGUUCAAUGAGAAGCAGACGGUCACGAGUCGAGCUGUGAUGUGGCCAGACUGAAGUCGCUCUAAAAAGAGUCGGAUGAAGAUCUGUAUGUGUUUUAAUGAGAUGACCACAAUGCAUCUGGGCUUCGACUGAACUUCAGUCAGAAACGUUAUUAAGCACAGAUGAUUUGUGUCUUUCAGAAGGAGAUCUGGGUUUGAAAAUGAAGCUGAUUUCAAGGGUUUUGACUCACCAUUGUGGUUUUUCACACUUUUAAUCAACGUUUUCAUUGCUUUU